AAUUCCACCAUUCCCCACCAACACUCCCCGCUUCAGCAGAGAACCUUAUAAAAUCAAUCCUUCCUUUCUCCCUCGUCUCCCCCCUUCCUCCUUCCGGUCCAUGGCCGCCGGCACCGUCCACCCCGGCCGCAUUCGCCUCCUUAACCCCAUCAAAACCCACCCCCCUUCUCCCCCCAAACCUCCCUCCGGCCCCGUAAUCUACUGGAUGUUCCGCGACCAACGAUGCAGCGACAACUGGGCCCUAAUCCACGCCAUCCACCUCGCAAACCAAUCCUCCGCCCCCAUGGCCGUCGCCUUCAAUCUCUUCGACCGCUUCCUCAACGCUCACGCUCGCCAGCUCGGCUUCAUGCUCCGCGGUCUCGAUCUCCUUCGCCGUCGCCUCCGCGAUCUCAGCAUCCCCUUCUUCCUUUUCCGUGGAGACGCCGUCGAUACGAUUCCCAAAUUCGUUCGUGAAUGCGGUGCGUCGGCCCUCGUUACGGAUUUCUCCCCGCUCCGAUCGGUGAGGGAAUGGAAGAAGGAGAUAUGUGAGAGGGUGGGAGAGGGGGUUAGGGUUUAUGAGGUUGAUGCGCAUAAUGUGGUUCCGGUGUGGGUCGCGUCUGAUAAAUUGGAGUAUGGUGCGAAGACGAUCAGGAAGAAGAUUCAGAGGGCUUUGGUGGAGUAUCUGGUGGAAUUUCCUGAGAUUUCGAAGCCGGGUUCGGAAUGGGGGUUGGAUGAUCCGAAGGAUGUGGAUUGGGAGGAGCUGCUGACCGAGGUUCUCAGGGAAGGAUGUGAAGUACCCGAGAUAGAGUGGUGUAAACCCGGGGAGGAUGCAGCCAUGGAGGUUUUGAUGGGCGACAAGGAGGGAUUUUUGACGAGAAGGCUGAAGAAUUACACUAGCGAUAGAAACGAUCCGCUGAAGCCUAAAGCUCUCUCCCGCCUCUCUCCUUACCUCCAUUUCGGCCAGAUCUCAGCCCAGCGCUGUGCAUUGGAGGCACGCAAACUCAGAAAAGCUCAUCCCCAGGCAGUUGAUGCUUUCUUGGAGGAAUUGAUUGUGAGGAGGGAACUGGCAGAUAACUUUUGCUAUUACCAACCACAUUAUGACUCAUUGCAAGGUGCUUGGGAUUGGGCUCGUAGAACCUUGAUGGAUCAUGCUCGUGAUAAAAGGGAGCAUUACUACACGAGGGAUGAACUCGAAAAUGCCAAAACAGCUGAUGAUCUAUGGAAUGCUUCACAGUUGGAGAUGGUUCAUCAUGGGAAAAUGCAUGGGUUUAUGAGGAUGUAUUGGGCUAAGAAAAUACUUGAAUGGACGAGAGGACCUGAAGAAGCACUUGCAAUAGCAAUAUAUUUGAAUGACAAGUAUGAGAUUGAUGGUCGAGAUCCAAAUGGCUAUGUUGGCUGCAUGUGGUCCAUAUGCGGCGUCCAUGACCAGGGCUGGAAAGAACGUGCAGUUUUUGGGAAAAUAAGGUACAUGAAUUAUGCCGGGUGCAAAAGAAAAUUUGACACAGAUGGCUACAUUGCUUAUGUGAAUGGUCUGGUUGUAAAUAGCAAGAAGAGAAAGGCGGAAAAUGCAAAAGAUUUUAGUGGUAAGAAGAUCCAGAACUUGAACCUGAAAUGAUGAGUUUAGUCCCCCUUCCUUCCAAACGCUUGUUUUGUAGGUAGGGAAAUAAUGGUAUUAGGAUGUUUUGAUAAAAAAAUUAAGGGAAAUUUACAUACAUACCACACAAUUCUCAUACAUUUAUAUAUGUAA